AAAAAUUUCAAUUACCUUUCAUUUGUUUAUAUGAACAGAAAAAAGAGAGAAAAAACUUCCAUUGCAAUUACAACUCAUGCGUAUCAAAUCAAUCAAUCUCUCUGUCUGAAAUCUCAAUAAAGAAGUUCUCUACUUUCCGUAUCAUUUACUAAACAAAAUCUAAACAAAUCUAAUUACAAAAUCUAAACAGAAGAAAAACGUACGCGGUAAGCCACGCCACUUUUUACAAGCUUAAAACCAGAGCGCAAAACCUAUGAAGACGAUCGGAGGUCCGAAACAGGCAAUGAACAGAUCUUUGAAGAGUCAAAUCAUGAGACCCUCCAAGAAAAUAAAAAAACAGAUAAAAUGCGGAGUUCAAGUCCCCCAGAUAAAGUUUUCAGACGACGAAUCCCUGCCAGUUGUUGCUAUCAGUCGUCAAAUCUCCAAUCCCAUCUUACCGAAUCUUAUCUUGCGGGCCAUUCCCGAACAAGACGCUGUUCCUGCCUCAAACUCCAAGCCCAAUUUCGCCGUCCUCAUUGAACUGAAAGCCCCACCCCUACCACACCAGGAAACACGUUCCCCCAUCGACCUAGUUAUGGUGCUGGAUGUCAGCAGUAGUAUGUUUGGGCCAAAGCUGGACCUUGUGAAGCGGGCCGCGGGCUUCGUUGUGGACAACCUAGGCCCAUCAGACCGCCUCUCCUUAGUCUCUUUCUCUAGUUCUGCUCAUAGAGUCCUCCCUCUCCUCAGAAUGACUAAUGCGGGCCGGGCCAAAGCUAAACGGGCCGUCAACUCCCUCAAAGCCCACGGCGGCACUAACAUCCCGGACGGCCUCAAAACGGGUCUUCGAGUUCUCGAAGAGAGGAGUCAUCGUAAUCCCGUUGCAAGCAUCAUGUUCUUGUCUGACGGUCAGAACACUUGCUUCCCAUUUAUGGGCCAGCCGUUUAUGGGCCAGCCGAUCAUGGGCCAACCGAUUAUGGGCCAGUCCGAAGUAUCCGGCCUCGAGAGCUCUCGUGGGUCGAUAAACGUGGGAGACCUUUACGCGGACGAGGAGAAAGAUUUUCUCAUCGACAUCUCCGUCCCCGUGUGCUCGGAAAACGAAAAUGAUGGGCGGCGGCGGAGGACCCCACUCUUGGACGUCACGUGCUCGUACAAGGACGUGGGCUCGAACGAGAGGGUAGAAAUGGAAUCCGCUGAGAUACGGAGGCCGAGCUUUUUAUUGGCAUGCGAUGUUAAGGUGAAAAUCGAGGUCGACAGGCAGAGGAAUCGGCUGAAUGCGGCGGAGGGCCUCGCAGAGGCCCAACUGGCGGCGGAGAAGGGGAAUCUCGAAGGGGCUCGUGCGAUUUUGUCGAGCGUGAGGUUGAAUGUUUCGGGCUCGGCGGCAGGCCAGGCGGGAGACAGGCUGGCGGUGCAGCUGGCGGACGAGAUGAGAGAAACUGAGGAGAAAAUGGGGUGUAAGAGGAAGUACGAGGAGGCGGGCAGGGCUUAUGCGCUGUCGAGCAUGAGUGCGCACGCGAAUCAGAGGGCGUCGACGAGGCUGCGGGCGAAUUAUGCUUAUGUGACACCUAAUAUGGCUAAUAUGGUGAGCAAGUGUCAUCAGGUAAUCAAGAUGGAAGGUGUUAAGAAGAAGGAAAAUUAG